AUGAGUCUCCUCGAGGAGAAGGAGGCGGAUGCAGAAUUCGAGGUCUCCCGUCUCGCCGGUCAGAGCUCACUUUCCGCAGUCCCAAAAUCAGCUUCCGCAGCACUUUCCUGCGAGCGGCCGACUCUCGCCGACUCCGCUCCGGUUCGGGCUUCUCCGCCGCCUGAACCUCUUCGCUUCGACUUGCCUCUCGACGGUCCCGCCAUGACGACACAUCGUCCCUCCGUCGACGGCGAGCCGAGCCGUCCGAACUUGCCGGCCUGGCGUCGACGGCCGAGUCAUGUGAAGGAGUCGACGUUGUCGGCCGACAAGACGACACCUCCGGCGAGGUCGACUUCUGCCAAGUCGGCCGUCUCGAGAGCCGCAGCUCGCGGCCCAUCCACGCCGAGGAUGGUCACUCUGUCGCCGGCCACGAGGCGACGUGAGACGGCCAGGCGGGAACUGCUCGCCCAGAUGGACGCCAGACGACGGACAGAAGCCCUUCGAAUGGCCAAUCAGGCAAUAGUUUCUAUGGAACUGAAUUUAUGA